AUGGCACCCGUGCCCCUGCGCCCGCCCACAUGGGAACAGACAAGGAAGAUAUGGGUAGAGCAGGCGGUCCAGGAAAGAGACUUGGGAGCGUUGAGGAAGAUUGGCGGCCUGCCAGGAGGGUUCGCAGGAGAGAGGAAGAGAGUCUGGCCCAUUAUUCUGAGGUUAGACUCUUCUGUUUCAGAAAAGAGUAACGUCGAAGCUUCAGAUGUCAAUGCCGAAGCGUCCACGAGCGAGGGUCAAACGACAUCGAUCAAAUCCGCAGAUGACUUGGCACAGGGUUCUGGAAACGCUUUGGAAGGAAAUUCGAAAAGAAGUCCAGAAGUAUUGACUCACAAAGACGAACAGCAAGUCAAACUUGACACUGACCGCUCCUUCGUCACAUACCCCACAGAUAUAUCGCCAGAGACGAAGAAGGAACUUCAAGACGACCUUGAAAACCUCAUCGUCGGUGUGUUGCGCAAGUAUCCCGCUCUAUCUUACUUCCAAGGAUUCCACGACAUCCUCUCCGUCUUCUAUCUUAACUACUUCCCCCCCAAACCCAUCCCCACGGGUCGGGAACGGUCCAUGUCGCGCCGGCUCGAACGCGAACAAGCAAGAAGCCGGAGUCGCUCUCGAUAUCAAAGCCAGAGCCAAAGUCAAAGCUCAAGUAUGAUGGACUUGCCUGGGCUUCUGACUCCUGCGAAAACACCCCCCCCUCUUACGAUGACGCCACCAGAGAAUGCUAUAGUAGACCCGGACUUGCGAGAAAGGGAUACGGAAGAGUGGAGAGAGCUGAGAAAAUGUGUGGAGGUGCUUUGCCUGACGAGGGUGAGGGACGCAAUGGGAUCGGGAAUGGAAGGUAUGAUGGGGCUUUUAAAACUGCUCCAAAAUCUCCUCUCUCACGCCGACCCGUCCCUCUACAACUUGACGUCCUCCAUCUCUCCCUCCGGGCCACUCCCAUUCUUUGCCCUCUCGUGGGUACUCACCCUCUUUUCCCACGAUGUCGAUGAUCUGGAGACGAUAUCACGGAUAUUCGAUUGGGGUCUGGGUAGAGAUCCUAGCUGGGUUGUCUAUCUUUCUGCAGCGGUCCUGAUAACAAACAAGCCUCAACUCCUCUCUCUCAUCUCGCAACUCCCUCAAGAAUACACCGAUGACACCUCUCUCCUACAUCCCCUCUUCUCCCGCCUGCCCCCUCUUCAUCCCGAUACACCCACUUCCGCAUCCCCAACUGCGCCCAAGGAAUCGAAAAAAGAGAAACUGAAAAAGACUUUGGAAUGGUUCCAUGACCCAUCCCUCCCUUCGCCCUACGAUCCCAUCCCACUGUCAAAAGUAUUCAAGCUGGGGGAUGAGCUCAUGGAACGGUUGCCCUGGGACGGCGAGGCUGUUCGCGGAAAGGACGUCUUUGGCCCGGGUAGCGUGUUGGUAAGCUACAAGGAAGAGCAAGCCGAUGGCGGUCAUUGGUCUGCAGAAGAAUGCCUAGCGAGGAUUGAUGUUGAUGUCAUCCUCCCCGGCGCUCUGGACCCCCAAGAAGAAGAGGACGAAAAGCCCAGGAGAGGACGUAUCGUCCGUCAACCCGGGUUCAGAGAAGUCCUCACGAGGAUCCAACCAAGUACGCUGGUAGCGUUUGGAGUGCUUGCCCUAGGUGUGGGGAUUGCAUUUUAUGGGGUCAAGGGAGAGGGGAGAGGGUGGAGAGGGUGGUGGGGAUUGGGGAGGGCUGUGUGGGAGGAAUAUAGAUAUUAG